CCCGAGCGUUUUCGGCAAUUCUUUUUGGGGAAGCAGUAGCCAGCAGCCCAGCACCAGCAGGCAAGCUACGAACGCACGCCGCCGCUCCCCCAGUUCAAACCCACCGCCCCCCCUGCCCCUUCAUCUUCCAUCCCCAGCUGUGCACGCGCUUUCCGAUCGCUUCAUCUACCUCGCCACCCGGGCUUCCGCCCAGCCCCAGUCACCAGUCCACCACGCACCCCCGCGCUCCCGAUCCAGCGAUGGCUGGCUCCGUAGCUCCACACGCUGUGGUCCUCGCUCUCCUCCUGCUCGCGGGGCUCGCGGCGGCGCAGAGAGGGACGACGCCGACGCCGACGCCGGCGGCGGCGGCCCCCGCGCCCGACCCCGGCUGCAACGGCAUCGAGGUGACGUACAACUUCGGGGGCCGCACCAAGAUCCGGCCCUACGUCAGCGACAAGAACAAGCAGCCCUACGCCUUCCGCGCCAACGUCACCGUGCGCAACUCCGGCACCCGCCCGCUCAAGUCGUGGGCGGCGCUCGUCACGUUCGGCUACGACGAGAUCCUCGUCGGCGUCGACGGCGCCGUGCUCACGGGCGGCGGCGAGCUGCCGUACAACACCACGGAGGACGCCGGCAACGCCACCUCCUUCUCCGGGUACCCGCAGACGGACCUCCUCACGCCCAUCGCCACCGCCGGGGACCUGUCGCAGAUCCAGGCCUCCGUCGGCAUCGUCGGCACGCUCUUCGCCGGGCCCGGCUUCGAUCCGCUCCCCACCGCGCUGUCGCUGGACGACCCGGCCUACGCGUGCCCCGCGGCGACCAACCUCACCUCUAAGGUGCUGUCCACCUGCUGCGUCCUCACGCCGGAGGCCGAGGCCAAUGCCACCGUCAUCGACGCCAACGCCACCGACCCGACCAAGAAUUUCCUGCCGCGCGGCACCGGUGACCUCGUCAUCACCUACGACGUGCUCCAGGCCUACCCCUCCAGCUACCUUGCGCUCGUCACGCUCGAGAACAACGCCAAGCUUGGCCGCCUCGACAACUGGCGGAUGUCGUGGGAGUGGCGGCGCGGCGAGUUCAUCUACUCCAUGAAGGGCGCUCACCCAUCAGAGGUGGACACCUCGGGCUGUAUCUAUGGGGCGCCUGGGCAGUACUACCAGAGCCUUGAUUUCUCGCAGGUGCUCAAUUGUGACCGCAAGCCGGUGAUCCUUGACCUGCCCCUGUCCCGGUACAAUGACACCCAGAUUGGGAAGAUCGACAACUGCUGCAGGAAUGGGACAAUCUUGCCCAAGUCCAUGGAUGAAGCACAGUCGAAAUCGGCAUUCCAGAUGCAAGUUUUCAAGAUGCCACCAGACCUGAACCGGACUAAGCUGUUCCCCCCUGCCAAUUUCAAGAUUGCCGGUGCAUCAUCGCUGAACCCGGACUACACCUGUGGCCAGCCGGUGCCUGUCAGCCCAACUGCGUUCCCUGACCCAAGCGGGCUUGACUCGACGACACUUGCUGUGGCAACAUGGCAGGUGGUGUGCAACAUUACCACAACGAAGGGGGCCAAGCCCAAGUGCUGUGUGACCUUCUCGGCGUACUACAACGACUCGGUGAUCCCCUGCAACACCUGCGCCUGUGGGUGCCCUGCAAACAGGCGAGGUCCAACGUGCAGCACGACUGCACAAUCCAUGCUCUUGCCACCGGAGGCGCUGCUUAUGCCAUUCAACAACCGCUCACACAAGGCGUUGGCGUGGGCUGAGCUGAAGCAUUACAAUGUGCCCCGGCCAAUGCCUUGUGGUGACUUCUGUGGUGUGAGCAUCAAUUGGCAUGUCUCAACAGACUACAACAAGGGCUGGAGUGCUCGGGUGACAUUGUUCAACUGGGAGGAUGUCGACAUGGCCAAUUGGUUUGCUGCCAUCGUCAUGGACAAGGCGUAUGAUGGCUUUGAGAAGGCGUACUCAUUUAACGCCACCUCAGUGGGCAAGAACACAAUCUUUAUGCAGGGUUUGGAGGGGCUUAAUUACCUGGUGAAGCAGACCAACAUGAGUGGGAUUGACUACCUUGUGCCCGGUAAGCAACAGUCAGUCCUCUCAUUCACCAAGAAGCUGACCCCGGGGAUAAAUGUUGUUGCUGGAGAUGGCUUCCCAACAAAGGUCUUCUUCAAUGGCGACGAAUGUGCUAUGCCGCAGAGAAUUCCGAUGAGCAAUGGGUUCGGCAACCGUCUCAGCAGUGGCCUUGCUUUGGUCUUGUUCCUUGCUGCUUCGGCUUUCCUAUUGCUUCAGCAAUGAUCCACGGGACUCAAAUUCUUUGAUUCUUUCAGGUGGUUUGGUCGAUGCCAUUUGUAAGAAGGCCUUUUUUGUUUCUGUGAUUUUCUUUAGUAGAUUUUACUUAGCUGCUAUUUGUUAGUCAGAUGAAGCAGCAGUUGUGAAACAGUAUGAAUACUUGGAUAGUGAGGGAAAAAAAAAAGGUGAGGAAGCAUUUGUUGCGAGUUUGCAACAUUGGUUCCUCAUUCUGAUGGCAUUUACAUGUUGACACCAGAUGAGUCUGUACAUCUCUAAUCCAGUUGUCUCAUGUUUGGUCUGUCAUACCAGCCAUACGGAAUUUACUCUGUGAAUUCAUUCAAGAGCAUUCUUUUCACGUU